AUGGUUACAGCAUCCUCGAGCCAGCGGAGCAAGCCUCCAAGGCUGCAGAAAGGCGGCACGGCGACUACCAAAUCCCACCGAUGGGAGCCUUUCUCUCAGCGCGUGCUUAAACUCAAGAUCGACCCUGUCCAUCGAGUGCGCCGGACGAGCUUUGGCGAAGAUGACGCCGACGAAACCGCUUCCUGCUUCAGAGGCUCUCUGGAGCAUUGGAUUGAGCUCAAUCUAUCCGAGAAUUUUACAGAUUUUGUCCAGCGUGUAAACCGGCUAUGCGAGAACUUGCCGCAGAUACUAUACCACCAGGAUGCGAUAAUGGGCUUGUUGGUGGAAUAUAUUGAGAAAAAGGAUGAAUUGAGCAUGGAACCACUUCUUAGUUUGAUGGCACAGUUCGCACGGGACCUUGGAUCGAGAUUUGAGAAACACUUUGCCGCAGCGGUGCAAUUGAUUGCAGCGGUAGCGGCGACCCACCAGAGCAUCGACGUUAUAGAAUGGAGCUUUACCUGUCUUGCCUGGAUAUUUAAAUUCCUCUCUCGCCUUUUAGUACCGGAUCUCAGGCCUCUGCUAGCCAUUAUGACGCAGUAUCUCGGAAAGGAACACCAGAAACACUUUGUUUCCCGCUUUGCGGCAGAAUCAGUCUCGUUUCUUGUUCGGAAAGCUGCGGCGGUGUACUACAAGGACAAAAAACCUCUCGAGCGUGCGGUCACUUUUCUGUUUGAGGAUUUGGCUAAGACAGGUGCUGAGGGACGUCCGGUUACAUCCUACCAAGAGGGUCUUAUGGCUAUGUUUGCGGAUGCGAUGAAGGGUGUCAAGAGCGCCGUUCAUUCUAACGGUAUUGAUAUACUGCGGUGCCUAAUGAAGGCCGUGUGUGUGAAAGACCAAGAACAAAGUGUUUUGUCAGAAACAGUUCUAAGCGGCGUCUUGGUCAACCUGGUUCACUAUUGUACAGCCGAAACCUUUCGUCCGGCUCUGCAUGCCGUUUGUGAAUAUAAUGAAACUAUAUCUGCCAAAGAUAAGGCUGUAGUUACUCGGGUCGGUUGCCAUACUCUAUUCCUUUGUAUCGUGACGAGAAAGGGGUCUCGAGUGGCAGACUGGAGCAGAGUCCAUGCGGCCCUGCUACGCCUGCUCACCAAAGCAGCAGAAAGCAAUAGUUUCCCAGACGGGUCUGUUGAGAAGCUACUCGGGUCAGUGGCCUUUGCCAUUCACGCCUCACCAAUGGACGAGCUAUUACCACACAUGCGCCAGCUCAUGGAUGCUGUCUCACAAGACAAGUUAUCUAAACACUUUAUACCAUUUUGUGACUUGGUUGCAGGACUUGGCUCGGAAAGAUUCCAAAGUGUUGUCCAUCCGUAUCUCCAAAAGUUUAUAGUUACUUUGUGGAAAGAAUAUGAAGAAGGGCUAUGUGUGGUUUUACCCCGUCUCCAGUCCUCUGGCACAGUUACCUCAAAUUUAUCCAGACCCGGUUCAUUAACCUGCCCAAAUCCCUGGAAGUCUGUUAUAUCCAAAAGAUUCAACUCGUCAGACCCUGGCAAACAUGAACUAGCUCUUCUUAAUGCGUAUUCAAGACUUCCUGAUGCUAUAUGCUUUUCAACCGAACCUUCUAUUAUCCCUGAUCUAGUUGAUAGCCUGCACAGAAAAGUUCGGCUUACUUUAGAGUCUGGGUCACUAGGCGAUCCUGGGACUCUGUUUUCUCUUGGCCAAGGGUUGUUAACUUAUAUUCGCUUUUCCAACGGGCUUGGCCAGCUGGACAAUGAACUAUGGCCCUUGCUUUGUUCCAAAGCUAGCCAAUAUUCUAGGAUUCCUGUCUUCCUUGAAGCUAUAUCGACAUAUGCCUCGCUUCUCCGUGAACCUCCUGAGAUCUCUGACGUUGACCUGGAUGAGUUUGCAAAUGCUCUUCUAGCGAAUUUGUCAAGCCCCUCGCAUAAGCUAAGACUACUAUCUUUGGAAAUCUUCCAGCUCCUCUUCAAAUGGUUAAAAAUAGAGGACUCUUGCUUGUCACUUGCGCUAAGCAUUGAAACCAGCGAGCUUACUCUUCAAACAGCAAGAGUUAUAUCCAUGGACAUACGUCGGCUUGGAGUCAACUAUGCCCAAUCAUCCCGCAAAAGAUGGCUUGCUCGACUCGUUCCAAGUUUCUGUUUUGGAUUGCUAUGGAAAAGGCUUGCUUCUGUAUGGGAUGAUGCCUGUGAGGCUAUGAAGGUAAUAUGCGAAACUGAUGCUGGUGAAAGUGUUGUAUCUGAAAUCGCGAUGAAUUGGCUGCACGAUACACCCAUCGAAAAUACCCCUGAGCAUAGUACUCAGGAUGCCUCGCAAAAGUCCUCAUCCACAACAUCCGAAUAUGAGUGUUUCAAUGUUAACGAUGUCCAGACGGCGAUACGUAAGUCGUUCCGGACAAAUGAGGAUGCUAGUUCAUCAUUAUUAAACGAUUUCGAAUCAUCACAUUCUCCACAGCCUCAAUCGGCAAAAAACGCAAGGAGUCAGGCACUCAGGGUCCUGAACGCAGUUCCUAAAAUCGCCGAGAAAAGAUCUCGUCAGAUAGUUCCUCUCUUUUUAUCAUGGGUCUCGCGCGACGACACUUCCAUACCUAUCCCCGAAGAUGUGCCAUCACUAGAGAAUAAUGUUAUCUCAAGCGAGCCUAAACAAGGGUGGAGUAUGCAAGACAAGAAGUCGAUGUUGACUCUUUUUGGAAAAUUUGUCAACCCCAAGGUCCUCUACCAGGCUGCAGAGGCUCACGAUGCGAUAUCAAGCCUUUUAUGCAAUGGUGACCUGGAGAUACAAAAGCUUGCUCUCAAUGCUGUCUUUACAUGGAAGAUGCCUGCUGUCCGGCCCUACGAACAAAAUCUCCUUAACUUGGUGGAUGAUUCCCGGUUCAAAGAUGAGCUGGGUAUCUUCGUACAUGUAGGCAAGGACAAUAGUUUGAUCAAAAACGAGCAUAUAGAGGAACUAUUCCCCUAUAUUUUGAAACUACUUUACGGCAAAAUGGUAGCUCGGGCUGGUUCACGCGGUUCACUGGGUCGCCAGGAAGCGCGACGAAAAGCUAUACUACGAAUUGUCUCACAGCUUCCCGACGACCAAUUUUCCGGCUUUGUUCAGAUUGCAUUUGGAUCUCUAGGAACUGUUACCUUACUUGACGAUCAAGGUGUGGUCAAAGAGGAAACACUGAGCCAAGAAUUCAUGAGCGUGAGAAGGCAGCUUGGUUUACUGAAUAUGGUUGAAACAAUGUUCUCCAUCUUGAAGAGGAAAAUGUUACCUUUUGUUAAUCAGACGAUGAAUGUUGUGCUAUAUUGUCUUAUCCGAGCAUAUAGACAACUGAUUCAAAGCGAGCCAAUUACUUCGGGUGAUAAUCUUCAACUCAGCCUUCUACGCAACAUUCGACAAUUAGGUGUCAAAUGUCUGGAAUUGAUUUUCUCCGUAUCUCCAGCAGUUGAUUGGAAUCCAUUCGUUCCAUUUAUACUCUCAGAAGUUGUCAAUCCAAGACUAGAAAAUUUUGCUGUGGAAACAGCCCAGGCAGUGUCUGGGUUGCUUCAGCUGUUCCGAACUUGGGCUUCUUCUCCAAGGUCAGCAAUGUAUUUCGAGGGAACUAGCAUUAUCCGUCGUGUUGUUGACUGUUUAGCUACGGAGUCUGCACAAGACGAGGUGAAGAUAUUUGUCUUGGACGAAGUUCUGAUGUCGCUCGUCGGCGUGUCUACUGACAAGAAGGUGGAUGAGGAGGGUGAUGUUGAUAUGUCUGCACCAUCGCCAGAAACCAUUCACGAAAAGGUCCUUGGGCCUCACAUUGAAUAUAUAUUGGUCCAUCUUGAGGAUUUCCUCAGGAAACAACCUCCACGUCAUAUUCUAGGCCCCGCAGUUGAACUGCUGUCAAGAAUCUCCGCUCUUGUUGUGUCGUCUGCAGAGACCUCCAAACUUAUCAGCACCACCACAUUUCUGCUCCAGCAACCUCCAGACCGUGUUCCACCAAAAACUAAAGGCCGUCUUCUCAAAGUUCUGCAACAUUUCUUACCCCUAUUCCAACAACGAGAUGAUUCAGAGCUCGCCCAACGUAUAUUCGAAGUCCUUUCGUCUCUGUUUGAUUAUUUCAAAGACCAGCUCAACCGUGUGUCUUUGGCCGUGGUCUUUGAUAUUUUUGUUGCCAAUGAUUCUGAAUUGGCUGAAGUGGGAAAACUCGUAGCCGACCUAAAUUCGAUGUCAGCAAAGCGAUUGGACGAAGUUGAUUUUGACAGGCGGCUCAAGGCCUUUACCAUCAUCAAUGAAGAAAAGUAUUCUACAUUCACAGCCAAGCAGUGGAGGCCACUUUUGUUCAACAUUAUAUACAGCCUGAAAGACGAGGAAGAACUUGCCAUUCGCUCGAGUGCCUCACUCAGCAUUAAACGGUUCAUUCAAGUCACAAAGCUCCGAGGCGAAAAGUCGGAUCCAGAAUAUGAAGACCUAGUUGAAAAGGUUCUUCUUCCUGCCCUUCGCAAUGGCGCCAAACAAAACACGGAAAUAGUUCGUGCAGAAUUUGUGUCUCUCCUUGGAUAUUUGAUUCAGGAACACACCGACCUUCAAGCUGUAAAGGAUAUGCAUGACUUGUUGGCUGGAGGUGAUGAGGAGGCCUCAUUUUUCAAUAACAUCCUUCAUAUACAACAACAUCGGCGUCUGCGUGCGUUGAGAAGACUUGCCACCGAAGUUACUAAGGGCAAGAUUCAAGCUACCAAUGCCAGCACAAUUUUCUUCCCUCUUGUUGAACAUUUUGUUUUCCAGCAAUCUGAAGAUGAGAAUGCUCAUAAUUUAACUGCUGGAGCUGUUACGACAAUUGGUGCCUUGAGUGAAGCCAUUACGUGGAACCAAUUCAAAGCUAUAUUCCGUCGAUACCAGGGCUAUAUCAAAAGCAAACCUGGAUUAGAGAAAAACGUUAUCAGGCUUCUUAGCCAAAUGACAGAUGCUCUUUCGCGUGCUGUUUCAGGAAAAGCUACACCAGCAAAUGCUGAAGGAGCAUCUGAGGAAAUGGUAGAGGAAAUUUUUAUAGAGGAGCGCCCAGCCAUCCAGAACACCCUAAGCUCUUCAGUCCCUAAUGGUACCAAAUUAACGGCCGAGUUAAAGACAAAUUUCAUUCCUUUCCUGACCGGAUUUACCAACAAGCGAAACGAGUCUGACGUUGCUUUGCGUCUUCCUGUAGCAGUGGCGGCUGUCAAGCUGCUUAAAUUGCUACCCGAAGAGGACAUGGCCUUGAUGCUUCCUUCGCUUUUAAUGGAUGUGUCUAGUAUCUUGCGUAGCCGUGCACAGGAUACCAGAGACACUGCGAGAAAGACUCUUGCAGAUAUCGCCAUUCUUCUGGGGCCGUCAUAUUUUGGAUAUAUCCUUACAGAAUUGAAAGGUGCACUAAGUAGAGGAUAUCAGCUUCAUGUGCUCUCAUUUACAGUUCACUCUAUUCUCGUAGCAACUGCGGAUGAGUUUGAGGUUGGCGCGUUGGACCAGGACUUGAGAAUCCUGGGUGAAAUCAUUAUGGACGAUAUAUUCGGUACCGUUGGACAACAGAAGGAUGCUGAAGAAUACGUUAGUAAGAUGAAAGAAGUCAAAAGUAGCAAAAGCUACGAUUCUGCUGAGCUAUUGGCCAAGAAUGCUAGUAUCAGGCACGUCUAUGACCUUGUCCAGCCGAUUCAACUGCUUCUGCAGGAGAAACUCACAUCUAGCCUGGUGGGUAAGAUAGACGAGCUACUACGGCGCAUUGGCAUAGGCUUGUUGAGAAACCCAGGGGUCGAAAGCCGUGACUUUCUGAUGUUCUGCUAUGAAGUGGUCAAAGAAUCAUACAAGGUCCCUGAGCCGGUGCUAGACAACGACGAAUGGAAAACACGAAGUCGAUUCCUCGUCCAGGUUGCGUCUAUUCGAAAGAAGAGCGGCGGAAGCACUACGUCGUACCUUUACAAGCUGGCCCGCUUUAGCUUGGAUACGCUUCGCUCUGUACUCAACAAAUAUAACUCCUUAUUGACUGCAGAUAAUGUUGCGGGCUUUGUCCCUGUUAUCGGUGACUCGAUUGUACAAGGAUACGAAGAAGUCAAACUCUCUGCCAUUCGACUUUUGUCUACCAUCAUCAAACUUCCCUUACCCGAGCUUGAUAAGAAUGCGGAUGUGUAUAUCGUUGAAUGUGUCAAACUAAUGAAGGAAUCAGCAAGUUCCAACACCGACGCAUCACAGGCAGCUCUCAAACUGGUUUCUACCGUGCUGCGGGAACGAAAGCGUACCACUAUCAAAGAUUCAUACCUUGCAUAUCUGUUAAAGCGCGUAUCUGCGGAUAUCGACGAGCCCGACCGCCAGGGAAUUGUGUUCAAUUUCAUCAGAGCUGUGAUGUCACGCAAGUUUAUGGUACCGGAAAUCUACGAAGUCGUUGAUAAGAUCUCUGCCAUGAUGGUAACGAACCAUACGCGGAAUGCCCGUGACCUGGCAAGGGGCACAUACGUGCAAUUUUUGGUUGAGUACCCGCAGGCUAAAAACAGAUGGACAAAGCAGAUGGCAUAUCUUGCAACAAACCUGGAUUAUGCCCACAGAGAAGGUCGGGAGUCCGUGAUGGAAGCCAUCCAUCUCAUCCUAUCGAAGACACACGGAGAGUUGGCUCAGGAAAUGGUAGACACUUUCUUUAUUCCUCUCGUGAUGGUUAUGUCUAAUGAUGAGGCACCUACCUGCCGGGAAAUGGCUGGCUCUCUUCUAGGGGCUAUCUUCACCCGUGCUGACGCUGAGCAUAUAAAGACCAUAUUGUCUCCACUCGAGUCGUGGCUUGAACAGUCCGAUAACCUUGCUCUUACGACCACAGGACUGCAGGCUAUUCGAAUAUUCUUUGAGUCUGACGCCAAAAACAAAGACAGAUACGUCAGGUUCGUCACCGAGCUUCUGCCAGGUAUUAUGGGGCUUUCUUUAGACAAUAGGGAAGCGAAUGAAUGGGAAGUUUUAUACUACUCCCUUCAGCUUUUUGUGAAGCUAUCGAAGCUAUUCCCGAAUGUCACAAUGAACCCAUCCUAUGCAAAUAUCUGGUCUCAAGUUCUUCAAAGCCUGAACUAUCCCCAAGCCUGGGUACGAUCAUGUGCAGCGAAUCUGAUUGGCGUCUGGCUGGCAGAUGUAGCCAAGUCGAAUUCAGCAACUGGAUAUGCAUCCAUUCCUUUGGCUGGUUCAUCAGGCUUGCUACUGGACGACAAACUCAUGCUCCAAAUAACCCGUUCAAGCAUGUUUUGCUUGAAAACACCCAACGUAUCCGAGGACCUUGCGACCCAGACUGUUCGAAAUCUGAUAUUCCUUGGCCGCUGCUUUGCCCAGAGUGACCUGGUACUCCCUAAAAGGGAGACUGAGGAGAUUGAAGAAAGUGAGGAUGACGAAGAGGGUACUGUACCCAAUUCUAAGCCUGUGGGUAGCAACAAGACCGCCAUCCAGUAUAUAUUUGAACAAGGAGCUCGAAUCCUUCGAAAGGAAGUCCUCACUACGCGAGCAGAAUCACUCAAUGCCAAAACUGCUUCUAUGAAGAUGAUUGCUGCUCUUUGCAUUCACCUUGAUGCCUCGAAGGUGGUGCCAUAUCUCCAGACUAUCCUUUUGCCUCUUCUACAUUUGACCGACCCUUCAAUACCAGCACCACGAUCAUCAAAUGAAACUUUCCAAAGCACAUACAAGUCGUUAGUGACGAGUAGUCAGGAGGUAUUUGAUAUUCUACAGAAAAAAUUAGGAACCACUGACUUUGUGGCACAUAUGAGCGAGGCCCGGGAGCGAAUAAAGGAGAGGAGAGAAGAACGUAGAGUGAAGCGGAGGAUAGAGGCUGUCACUGCACCGGAGAAAGUAGGCCGUGACAAGAAACGCAAACAUGAUCGAAAGAGAGAGAAGAGAAAAGAAAGAGGGCUAGAAAACAGAAACCGUCGCCAUGAGCUCUAA